CGAAAUAGGGUUUCAGGUCUCUUAGCAACGAGUUUGUGAUAACACCUGACCCAGAGGAAACGCCAGAAUGGAAAUAAUGCCCCCACCUCAGAUAUACGUAGAAAAAACUCUAGGGCUUAUCAAACCAGAUAUUGUUGACAAAGAGGAGGAGAUUCGAGACAUUAUUCUCAGAUCUGGAUUCACCGUCGUUCAGAGACGAAAACUCCUUCUCAGCCCUGAGCACUGCAGUAACUUUUAUGUGGAUCAGUAUGGGAAAAUGUUUUUCCCAAAUUUGACAGCUUAUAUGAGUUCUGGACCACUUGUUGCUAUGAUACUAGCUAGACAUAAUGCCAUCUCUUACUGGAAAGAACUUUUGGGACCAAGUAAUAGUAUAGUAGCUAAGGAGACACACCCAGACAGUCUUCGGGCAAUUUAUGGCACAGAUGAACUGAGGAAUGCACUUCAUGGGAGCCAUGACUUUGCUGCAGCAGAAAGAGAAAUCCGGUUCAUGUUUCCUGAUGUGAUUAUUGAACCCAUUCCAAUGGGACAAGCUGCUAAGGAUUAUUUAAAUUCAUACAUAACACCAACUCUGCUUGAAGGACUCACGGAGCUCUGUAAGCAAAAACCAGCAGAUCCAUUUAUUUGGCUAGCUGACUGGCUGCUGAAAAAUAAUCCCAACAAACCUAAACUUGAUCAUUGUCCGGUAGCAGAAGAGCCUUAACAUACUCCAAAGAACAAAUCAUGAACUGUCUUAUUGUUAAAAGCCUAUGAAUCUACUUUUAAAAAGAAACUUCUUUCCUAAGGGUUUAAGUAACUGCAUCCAAA